AUGGGCGAAUUAACGGCAACAAACUUGUUCGAGUCCCAAACUAUACUUGCUGAUCACAAGGAUUUGAUCCACGAUGUUGCAUAUGAUUUCUACGGCGAGAGAAUGGCCACCUGUUCCAGCGACCAGUAUGUGAAGGUGUGGGAUUCUGAUGGGAACGGUGGAUGGCGUCUCACAGCCAGCUGGAAGGCACAUCAUGGGUCAGUAUGGAAGGUCACAUGGGCCCAUCCAGAGUUUGGGCAGGUCAUUGCUACUUGUUCCUUUGAUAGGACAGCAGCCAUUUGGGAGGAAGUUGGUGACACUGCAGCUUCAGGGUCUGAGAAAGGUCUGCGAACAUGGCUAAAGAGGUCCAACCUCGUGGACUCACGGACCUCAGUGACUGAUGUCAAAUUUGGACCAAAGCAUUUAGGGCUCUUACUAGUCACAUGCUCUGCUGAUGGUAUUAUAAGGAUAUACGAAGCUCCAGAUGUGAUGAACCUUGCGCAAUGGACUCUACAGCACGAGAUACCAACCAAAGUGUCUAUCAGUUGUCUCUCGUGGAACCCUUCACUGUCCAGAGUGGUGCACCCGCCGAUGUUGGCGGUGGGCAGUGAUGAGCCCAAUACUACGAACGCGGCGGCCUCAGUGCAGGGCGACAAGACAACCGCUUGCAACGGAAAAGUAUUCAUAUACGAGUACAGUGAGUCGUCCCGUCGUUGGACGCGGACAGAUUGCUUGUCCUCGGUGCAGGAACCCGUCAACGACAUUGCCUUCGCCCCCAACCUCGGCAGAUCCUUUCAUCUACUCGCAGUCGCCACCAAAGACGUCCGCAUCAUCAAGAUAGAGCCAAUAGCUGAGUCGGCGGCGUCGGGCAACAACGGCGCGGCGGUGCGGUUCAAGUGCGAGGUGGUGGCCGCCUUCGAGGAGCACUACUCGUGUGUGUGGAGGGUCUGCUGGAACCUCACCGGCACUCUGCUCGCCUCCUCCGGGGACGACUGCGCCGUCAGGCUCUGGAAGAUGCAAUACCUGAACCAGUGGAAGUGCGUGGCAGUGUUCAAGAACGAGCCAGUCCCGGGCGACUCCCCCCCCCAGUCCCGACCACACACCACGUACAUCCGCAUGGCCACCAUGGCCAACCCCUCGCACAUGCCCUUCCACUGA